AUGAAGAUCUCUGUGAGUUUUACGCUGUGGCUGCUGCUCGAUGCCGUCCCUGCAAGUGAAAGUACUGAAAGCCAGCUGGCUUCUCCUCCAGACAUCUAUGCUGCACUGAGAGAGAUGACCGCCUCGUUGGUUCAACUGAAGGCGGACAUGGCGCUGCAGACUCAAGAACAAGCCCAGCUGAAGACUGAAGUGGAUAAGCAGAAGACUGAAGUGGACAAGCUGAAGACUGAAGUGGACAAGCUGAAGCAACAACAAAUAGUCCAACAGGUUGCAUUCUCAGCCUCUCUGCAUGCUGGUGCAGGCAAAUCAAACCCUGGACCCUUGCCCUCAGACACUACCCUGAUCUACAAACACGUUAUCACCAACAUGGGAAAUGCCUACAACUCAAACACAGGUGUGUUCACUGCCCCGGUGAGAGGAGCGUACAACUUUGAGUGGACAGUUGGUGCAAAUGGAGACAACAGCCACGCUUCAGGUGCUGUGUUGGUCAAGAACUCAGAGAAUGUUCUCUUGGCAUACGAGAAUCAGGCGGCCGGUUUUAUGAGUUCUUCUAAAGGCAUUACGCUGCUGCUAGAGGUGGGAGAUGUUGUGUUUGUGCGUCUGUGGCGUGACUCCGUGGCAUAUGACAACUUAAAUCACCACACCACCUUCAGUGGGCAUCUGCUGUUCCCCAUUUAAGACAGAAACAACAGCUCUGUGAUAGUCAUGCAGGUUUUUGUUGUCUUAAACAAGUCUUCAUAGCACUUCAUAGAUUUGAUCUGAUUUUCCUCUGCAUCCAAAUAAUAAUAAGUAAUAAUUGUCGACAGGAAUCUAUUUUCCAUCAAAUAUAAUGUGGUUAAUGUUUCUGAUUCUCUCUUGUUUCUGUCAUUUUAAUCAAAUAAUAAACAUAUAUCAUUGCAAUUA